AUGGGAAGAUCGAUCGCGAUUAUUGGAGGAGGUAUAAUAGGCGCCUCAACCGCCUAUUAUCUUUCUGCCCUCUCUCAAGAUGUAGAAAUUCAUAUAGUAGAAAGCGUCUCAAUCGCAGCAGCUUCGAGUGGCAAAGCGGGAGGAUUUCUCGCUCUCGAUUGGCACAGUAACAAAACCAAACUCCUUGCUGCACUAUCUUUCAAGCUACACCAAGAACUUGCAGAUGCUCACGACGGGACAAAUCGAUGGGGUUAUCGACGAACCAACACACUCCAACUCGAGAUUGAAGAAAAGAGGAGGAAUAAAUCUGUGCCUGAUGCAGGGUGGCUGAGUAGCAUAAGCAAAGCCUCGAGACGAGGAAACAACCGCACAGGCCCAUCCGUUCCACUAACGCAAACUCUCGCUGAAGUCGCCCAGUCCCGAGGAGUCCAGAUCCACCUGGGCGCAACAGCGAGUAAAAUCAAUUUUGCAUCAGAGUCGAACAAAGUUCCUACCGAACUCGUCGCGACGACAUCGGAUGGGUCUGAAAUCGUGAUCCCAGCGACGGAUGUAGUUUUCGCAGCAGGACCGUGGACGGGUACACUCGCGCGCAAACUCCUAGGUAAAAAGGACGCGGGUGCGGCGGGGACGAUCGAGCCGAGUGAACCGUCCUCGUCGAUCGUUCUUAGACCCGACGCAUCGCAUCCGGUCACGAAUCAUAUGCUUUUUACCGAGCUAACGUUCGGCGGUCGUUCGCGCGAGCCCGAGGUGUACCCGAGGUUGGACGGGACAGUUUACCUCUGCGGGGCAGGAGGGGAAGACGAGGCGAUUGCUCUCCCCGAACGAGCUGACCAAGUGAAACCUGUGCCCGCAGCGAUCCAGCGAUUGAAGGAAGCUGCAGCAUUUGUCUCGCCGGACACCUUUGGGGAUGCCGAGGUUGUUGCAGAACAGUGCUGUUUCAGACCAAACUCUCAAACGGGCCUUCCGGUCAUUGGUAAAGUUCGAGAAGGCAUCUGGAUGGCAUCUGGACACGGUGUCUGGGGAAUUCAGAAUGGUCCUGGGACUGGGAAAUGCUUGGUACGUCCCACACAAACCUGA